CUGCCCACGGUCAGAAUAUUUCUGUUUAUAAUACCGCUUCAUUUCUAUUUUUAUGUGGGCAUUUAUUUCAGUUAUUAUAGUCGCAGCAUUCACUAUGCAGUGAUAUAUUAUAGGAAUUAAUUGAUAGUUCAUCCGUUUGAUCGGAUCCUUUUGAAGGCGGGGAGCAGCGAUGGACAGCGAAAUGUCUGAUAUGGACCAGACUCCAGGUCUGGACAACAGUAUGGAAAAAGGAGAAAAUGCUCCUCUUUACUGCAUUUGUCGAAAAUCAGACAUCAACUGCUUCAUGAUUGGUUGUGACAACUGCAAUGAGUGGUUUCACGGUCACUGUAUUAAUGUCACAGAGAAGAUGGCCAAAGCUAUAAGAGAGUGGUACUGUCAACAGUGUCGGGCAAGGGAUCCAUCACUUUCAAUACGAUAUCGAAAGAAGAACCGCGAUAAAGAUGUUGAGCCCGAGAGGGUUGAGAAACGAUCCAGCACUCCAGAAUACAAGAUUGAUAAGCGACGUGGGUCUAAAGUGAAGCGCUCUGCCCGUAUGUGUGGUGAAUGUGAACCCUGCACCAGGACAGAGGACUGUGGUCAUUGCGACUUCUGUAAAGACAUGAAGAAAUUUGGAGGCCCAAACAAGAUUCGUCAGAAGUGUCGUCUGAGGCAGUGUGUUGUUCGUGCUCGGAAAAUGCUGCGUGUUCGGGAUGAGGAGUUUUCGCUGCGUGAGAGGAAAGACAAUAUAAUGCACAGGGAUAGACGAUACUCAGAUGAUUAUGAUGAGAACGAUAUGGAUCUAUAUGAGCACUACAAGGACAGAAAUGCGUCAUGGGGCAGUGAGGAUGAUGAUGGCCAACUUUACAGUCCUGUUCCACGGAAGAAAGCUAUAAAAGUCAAGCACGUCAAGAGGAGAGACAAAAAAUUUGACAAGAAGAAAGAGUCCCGUCGCCACAAGCAGAAGCAGAAGCACCGUGAUCGUUUGCGACACAGUGAUAGGACAGACGGCAGACACGGAGGAGACACGCAACAGUGCCUGGGGCCAAACUGCAUUGAGCCGGCACGGCCAAACUCAAAAUACUGCUCUGAGGACUGUGGCAUGAAGCUGGCCGCCAACCGCAUCUAUGAGAUCCUCCCGCAACGCAUCCAACAGUGGCAGCAAAGCCCUUGCAUUGCUGAGGAGCAGGGUAAAAAACAGCUGGAGCGCAUCCGCCGAGAGCAGCAGGCCGCACGUAUGCGCCUGGCAGAGAUGGAGCGCCGUUUCCACGAGCUGGAGGGCAUCAUUGCCAAAGCCAAGCAGCAGCUGGUCCUUCAGGAUGAGGACGUGAAUGAAACAGACAGUGAGGACACAGACCUUCAGAUCUUCUGUGUGUCCUGUAGUCACCCCGUCAACCCCAAGGUGGCACUCAGGCAUAUGGAGAGAUGUUAUGCCAAGUAUGAAAGCCAGACGUCUUUCGGUUCCAUUUUCCCAACUAGAAUAGAAGGGGCAACAAGACUUUUCUGUGACGUGUACAACCCUCAGAGUAAAACAUACUGCAAGAGACUGCAAGUUUUAUGUCCAGAACAUUCCAGAGACCCAAAGGUCACAUCAGAUGAGGUGUGUGGAUGUCCACUAGUCCGUAACGUGUUUGAUCCAACUGGAGAUUACUGCAGGGUCUCCAAACGCAAGUGCAACAAGCACUACUGCUGGGAGAAGCUCAGGCGGGCCGAGGUGGACCUGGAGCGUGUCAGAGUGUGGUAUAAACUGGACGAGUUGUUUGAACAGGAACGCAAUGUGAGGACGGCCAUGACCAACAGAGCGGGACUGCUGGCCCUCAUGCUCCACCAGACCAUCCAGCAUGACCCGCUGACCACCGACCUCCGCAGCAGCAAAGACAGAUAGCCAUCUCAGUAAUCAGUAUUCGAAAAAUACAGUAACUUGAAAAAACCCUGCUGUUCAUAUUUGUAUAUUUUUCAUAUUGUAUAUUUUGUCACUUUGACCAUUCACAUUAAACACCUUCAUGUGUC